UUUACUAAUUGACAAAUAUUUUUUUCUGGAACUUCGGUGCUCGUUUUUCUAAGCAUCUCUCUUUUUUAUUUUUGGUCUACGAAAUAUUGUACCGUUUUUAGCAACAAAAACAGUAGUUGUAGGUCAGCUAAUUGAUACAACGUGACGUUGUCAGGCUGUUUCAGAAAUACACGGUGUGGACAGCACAUAUUUUGUCUUUAUAGCGAGCACUGGAGCCCCCGCUCACUCAUACCUUAUAUGCAUUUCCUAUUUUCAAUCACUGGCUGCUGAACAAGUGUUCUUUUUCUGUGAAGUGUAAAAAUGUUUCAGCUAAACAGCAUACAGCUUUUUCAAGCUUUUAGGUAGUUGGUAAAACACUGUUGAAUUAAUGACUAGAUAGUGAAUGUAAAGAGCACAAAUGUAUGUGGGAAAUGGCAUGUGGAAAUAUACGCACUGUAUUUUCCACAAUACUCAAGCGAUCUGUCUCUGUCCACGGUCCUGGUGCUGAACCCUCAGACGUUGCUCUUCGGUGUUGCUUAUAGUGCAUUUACAGUAGUGUGACACAUUCAGAGAUGGAUUCGAAUAGUUAUACAUUUCCUUAUUUCGGUCUUCCUGUGUAGCUAUCUAUAUACAUGUUUUUUCUUACUGAAGCACAAGACAUACUUUAGUUUUCAAUGCUUGUUUUUUUUCUAUGACAUCGUACCUUGCAUGGGCUGUGCGUUAUUGAAUGCAGAUUCACGUUUUGGUGCAUGUGAAACAUGUGGAUUGUGUAGUUUCUGCAGAGCGUUUGCGGUGUUUGGACUCUGAGUGCCGCUGUUGAUCGGUGGUGGCCUCUACACGUUCAUUCUAUCUCUGGGUGGCGAAGUAGCCCAUCCUACAUUCUCUCUUACUGAUCGACGCACACAGAGCUCUUCGUAUAAACGUCCUCACGGAUUAUUUUCAUUCGUUUCUCUGGGAAAUACUAUUGUUUUUUUCUAUUUUUGCGUGGAUGUACUGAUGAUCGAUAUUAUAUAAUCAAAAGCAGUAAAUAUAAGGGUGAUCUGUUUUUAUUCGGUGGAAUGGGUGAUUGGAGGUCGACAGGCCGCAGAGGCGGGUGGCAAGUAGUGUUUUUCUUUCUUUGUCUGUGCGCCCUAGAUUCUGUAACUGGGCAGGCACGAUAUUCCAUACCAGAGGAGCAGUCAGAGGGGUCGAUCGUUGGAAACAUUGGUAGAGAUUUGGGUUUGGAGGUGAAGAGACUAGUGUCCGGUAAAGCUCGCAUUAUAACAAAAGGAGCACGACAGUACGUAGAUCUGAACCGAGACAAAGGGCUCCUCGUUGUUAAAGAGAGAAUCGACCGAGAGGAGCUCUGCGGACAGACUACGCCUUGUAGCUUCAGCUUUGAGCUUAUCAUAGAAAACCCCAUUCAGUUAUAUCGAGUUACAGUAGAGGUUCGUGACAUUAACGAUAACGCACCGUCCUUUCCAAAGGAUGAAAUCAAUUUGGAAAUCAGUGAAAAUGCCGUCUCCGGGGCGCGUUUUUCUCUGGAGAGCGCCGACGACCCUGACGUUGGUGUUAACGGUAUACAGAAUUAUUCACUAAAACCGGCAGAUAAUUUUAAAUUAGAGGUGCACAGCCAAGCCGACGGUGGUAAAUACAUUGAGAUGAUUCUGCAAACCCCUUUAGAUAGGGAGGAACAGGAGACUCUGUCUCUGAUGCUUAUUGCUACUGACGGAGGCGAGCCUCAGAGAACUGGAACUGUCCGCAUCCAUAUUACCGUGCUGGAUGCCAAUGAUAAUGCGCCAGUAUGUGGUCAACCCGUUUAUAAAACAGACGUUAAGGAGAGCUCCCCAAAAGGGACUUUGAUAACCACCGUUAGUGCAAAUGAUGCAGACCAGGGGGUGAAUGGAGAGGUCACUUUCUCCAUCGCUCAUGUUGCUAAAGAGGCGAAGGAGCUGUUUGAGCUCAACGUGGAUACUGGAGAGAUUAAGGUGGUAGGAAAACUGGAUUUUGAAAAGACGAAAAACUAUCAAUUAAACGUGAAAGCGAGGGACCACGGAGGGUUUACUGAUACCUGUAAAGUUGUCAUUCAAAUUACUGAUGAGAACGAUAAUGUCCCCACAAUACAACUCAUGUCAUUUUCUAAUUCGAUUCCCGAGGACUCUCCCCCUGGAACCACUGUAGCUGUAAUUAAUGUAGAGGACGCAGACUCAGACGGCAACGGUGUCGUUCUUUGCUCUAUUAACGCAGAUAUUCCGUUCAAAAUAGAGUCCUCGUUAACGGAUUAUUAUACCAUAGUCACUGAAAGCACACUGGAUAGAGAAACCGUGUCUGAGUAUAACGUCACCAUUACAGUUUCAGAUGAAGGGACUCCGCCUCUCUCCAGCAAUAAGAACAUAACUGUUAAAGUUUCAGAUGUAAAUGAUAAUCCACCCAAGUUUGAUCAACCUGUAUAUAGUAAGUCUAUUCAGGAAAACAACUCGCCAGGGUUUUAUAUAUUCUCAGUGAGAGCGGGUGAUCCUGACUGGGGUCAAAAUGCCCGCGUCUCCUACUUUCUCGAUGAUAAACAAGUUAACGGGGUGACUGCUUCCUCUUUCGUCUCAGUAAAUUCAGAAAAUGGCGCCAUCCAUGCUGUUAGGUCAUUCGAUUAUGAACAAAUCAAGUCGUUUCAAUUCAACGUCACUGCCCGUGAUGGAGGGUCUCCACCUCUCAGUUCAAUGGUCGCUGUUAGAAUAUUAGUCCAGGACCAGAACGACAACUCGCCUCAGGUUCUGUACCCAGUCCAGACUAGCAGCUCUCUGGUGGCUGAAAUGGUGCCUCGUUCAGCAGAUGUGGGAUAUCUUGUCACUAAAGUGGUGGCUGUUGAUGUGGACUCUGGACAGAAUGCCUGGCUCUCCUAUAAACUGCAGAAAGCGACAGACAGGGCGCUGUUUGAAGUGGGCUUACAGAAUGGAGAAAUAAGAACUAUACGCCAAGUCACUGAUAAAGAUGCUGUGAAACAAAGACUCACUGUUGUAGUGGAGGACAACGGGCAGCCCUCUCGUUCAGCUACAGUCAAUGUUAACGUGGCGGUGGCGGACAGCUUCCCUGAAGUGCUCUCGGAGUUCACUGACUUUACGCACGACAAGGACUACAAUGACAACCUGACUUUUUACUUAGUCUUGGCUUUGGCUGUAGUCUCAUUUCUGUUCAUCACAUGUUUAGUGGUUAUUAUAUCAGUGAAAAUAUACAGAUGGAGACAGUCUCGCGUCCUCUAUCAUUCCAAUCUCCCUGUUAUUCCGUAUUAUCCACCGCGUUACGCAGACACUUUGGGGACAGGAACUCUACAGCACGUCUACAAUUACGAGGUGUGCAGGACGACUGACUCCAGAAAGAGUGACUGUAAGUUCGUCAGACCCUGUAGUCAGAACGUACUGAUAAUGGACCCCAGUUCUACAGGGACGAUGCAGCGGAUGCAGAGCGAACAGAACAUCCUGGAUGAACCAGACUCCCCACUAGAGGUGAGUUUGUUGUAGAAAA